GUCCAACCAGUUUUCAUCAACGACUAGCGCGAGGGCGAACGAACGUGCAAGUAGUCCCUUGGCAGGCUACUCUUUUUAUUUAUCAUGGCUGAGCCCAGCAAAAGACGGCGAAUCAGUCAUGUUAACAGCAGUUCACAAACUUCUACUAGCGGCAUGACGAACACGUUAAAAGGUAGUCAGCCCGAUGGAACCGAAGUAGAGAGUCGUUUUGUGGAGGGAUCCAUACUUCGCCUCACCAUGAAAAACUUCCUGACCUAUGACUACUCUGUGGUGUAUCCCGGACCUAAUCUGAACAUGAUUGUUGGAGCCAAUGGAACUGGCAAGUCUAGCAUCGUGUGUGCCAUCUGUCUGGGUCUGGCUGGCAAGACCGCUAUCCUGGGCAGAGGCGACAAGGUUGGGCUCUAUGUCAAACGUGGGUGCCAUAAAGGAUUUAUUGAGAUUGAACUGUACAAAAGUGGUGGUAAUGUAGUGAUAAACAGAGAGAUCCAUGUGGAGAACAAUCAGUCGCUGUGGAUGCUGAAUGGAAGACACUGCAACCAGAAAGCAGUGGAAGAGGAGGUCAAGGCCCUGCAUAUCCAAGUCAGCAACCUCUGCCAGUUUCUGCCUCAGGAAAAAGUGGGAGAGUUUGCCAAGAUGACCAAAAUUGAGUUGCUGGAGGCAACUGAGAAGUCAGUGGGACCACCAGAGAUGUAUGAUUACCACUGUGAGCUCAAAAACUUCCGCAACAGAGAACGAGAACUGGAGAACGUUGUGAAGGAGAAGGCCAGCUUCCUGGAGAAGGCCAAGCAGAGGAAUGAGAGGAACAAACAUGAUGUGAACCGUUACUACGAAAAGAAGAGGCACCUGGACGUGAUUGAGUUGCUUGAGAAGAAGAAACCGUGGGUGGAGUACGAGACCACCCGUAAGGAGCUUGAGGGUUUGAAGAAAGAGCGAGACGAGGCUAAAAAGCAGCUCUCUGCCCUAAAGCAGGCACAGGCACCCAUGCUGAGGAAGAUCCAGCUGAUUGACAACCAGCUGAAGCCCACUGAGGCACAAAUAAAGGCAAAGACUGUUGCCAUCAAAGAAGCCUCUCUGAAGUGCAAACAGAAACAAGAUCAGUUGGAUCGAAAACACAAAGAGAUUGAAGAUAUUAAACAAACACAGAGACUGAAGCAGAUGGAAGAGGAAGACCACCAGAAGCGCAUCAGCAACACCAGACGGACCAUUGAGGACUUGAAGGCAGAGCUUGCCAAAGUUGGCGACCAACCAGAUGUGACACCGCGGAUCAAUGCCGUCAAUGUCGAGCUGAGGCGCAUCCAGGUGGAGAGAGCCAAGAUUGAGGGAGAGAAGUCCGACCUACGCAGGGAGAAGGACAACCUCUGUGCUGAGUCCAGAAUGUUGGAGAAAAAGCUCAAGGACAUGAACAACAUGAUGAAUGCCAAAGAGGAGAAGCUGCGAGGACGCCACAGGGACACACACACUGCCCUCCAGUGGCUCAGACAGAACAGACACCUCUUUGAAGGAAAUGUCCAUGAGCCCAUGAUGCUGGUGAUCAAUGUGAGAGAUAAUCGCUUUGCUAAGUACGUGGAGAACCACAUCUCAUUCCACGAUCUGAGGGCAUUUGUCUUCCAGAGAAAAGACGACAUGGAGAGGUUCAUGACUGAGGUCCGUGACAAGAUGAACCUGAAGGUGAACUCCAUUUCCGCUCCGGAAGAGUCGUGUUCUAAGCGGCCACCAUCCCGAAACAUUGAGUCCCUGAGGCGUUUCGGGUUCUUCACCUACCUACGUGAGAUGUUUGACGCCCCUGAUGAGGUGAUGAGUUACCUCUGUCACCAGUACAGGGUGCAUGACGUCCCUGUGGGCAACGAUCAAACUAAAGCCAUGAUUAGAACGGUGAUUGAGGAGCCGUACCUCAAGGUGUUAUACACAACAGAGGAGAGGUACACACUGAAAAGGUCCUUAUACUCCAACAAGAUCAGCACCAGUAAUUCCGCAGUGCACCCUUCCCAGUACCUCACCAUCACUGUGGACGCUGAAGAGAAACGGCAGCUGGAGCAGCAGAUGAAGGCCUGUGAGGUAAAGUUACGAGAGAUUGAUGAACGGAUGAAAGCCCUGCAGAAGGAAGCUGCCGCACUGGAUCGCCGUGACAAUGAAUUGUUGGCGGAGAAGAAGAAGCUCUCUGAACUAAAGGGCAAAAAGAGACAACUGGAGCAGAAAAUCAGCACCAAACAGGACAGUCUGAGGCAGAUGGAGCAGAGUGUUAUCGACCUGCAGAAGAUUGAAGAGGAGACUAAAGAGAAAAUUGCAGCUGUCAAUUCCCAGAAGGUGUCCAUAGUCGCAGCGUUCAUAGCCCAAAUGAAGCUGAGAGCCAAGCUGACUAUAGAGAAGGUGUACCUGGCUUUGGAGACAGUGGGGCUGACAGCUGAGAAGACCAAGCUGGAGAAUGAUUGUAGAGAAGGCGCCUCUGAACUCAAGACAACUGAUCAAAAAUGCAGCCGUCUGGAGCAGAGGAAGGUCCAGCUGACAGAACAAUGCAAAGGCCUGUUGAAGAGAGCGAAGACAAUCUGCAGGAUGCAACCUGAUGAGUCAUUACCUGAAGACCUGCGUAAUGCUUUCAGCAAGCUGCCUGACACGCUGGACGAGAUCGAUGCCAUGCUGAACGAGGAGCGUUCCAGAGCUGAGUGCUUCACUGGCCUCAGUGAAAGUGUUGUUGACGAGUACAACAGGAGAGAGCAGGAGAUCAAACAUCUGGAAAAAGAGCUGGAAGAUAAGAGCAAUGCCCUGAACACCUACCGACAGAACAUAUCAGAGGCUAAGGAGCGCUGGCUGAACCCGCUGAAGCAGCUGGUGGAACAGAUAAAUAGCAAGUUCAGUGAUUUCUUCCGCUCAAUGCAGUGUGCAGGAGAGGUUGAUCUGCACUCAGAGAAUGAAGAGGAGUAUGACAAGUAUGGGAUCCGAAUUCGGGUGAAGUUUCACAGCAGCACUCAGCUCCACGAGCUGACGGCCUACCAUCAGAGCGGAGGAGAGCGCAGCGUCUCCACAAUGCUCUACCUCAUGGCCCUGCAGGAGCUCAACCGCUGCCCCUUCAGAGUGGUGGAUGAGAUCAACCAGGGAAUGGAUCCUGUAAACGAGAGAAGAGUCUUUGACAUUGUGGUCCGCACAGCCUGCAAAGAGACAACAUCCCAGUACUUCUUCAUAACACCCAAACUGUUGCAGAAUCUUCAGUACGCUGAGGAGAUGACCGUCCUUUGUGUCCAUAACGGCGCCCACAUGCUUCCCCCCAACCAAUGGGACGAGAAGGCUUUCAUCAGGCGGUGUCUCCAAAGAAAAGCCAGGGCAUGAAUCCACCAGGCAGCCCUGUCCUGCCUGGAUUCAGUUAGUUUCCAGUUCAGUGAGUUAAAAUAUACAACUGUAAAAGUGAAACUGAUGUUUAUCAGUUAUUAUAGAGAUUUAAAUUUUGUUCUGUUGAAGGGUCUGUUACAAGCACAACAAUGAAGUUUUUUGUUUCAAAUAGGAUGGGAGUUGAUAAAACAGGUUUACAGAAAAUAGAAAUAUGCAUUGAGCAUAUUUGUUUCCUCAUUUGCACAUUUUUCUAUUUAUUCAGCAACAUGUUAUCUCGUUAGAUAAUACAAAAUAUGUAUAACUUUUUCAUCUCUUCCUUAACAGGUCAUAUGCACAUGUUUAUACUGUAAAUUUGAAUAAAAUUGUCUGCUGUUUCUGUUCUA